AUGAAACUUAAUAACAUGCAAUGCCAAGCUUUGUAUGACUAUACUUCAGAAUAUCCAGAAGAUUUAAAAUUCAAUGCAGGUCAGGUCAUUGAUAUUUUAGGUGUAGAAAAUACAGAUUGGUAUAUUGGUCAAUACAUAGAUGCAACUGGUUAUCGCAGUAUAGGAAUAUUUCCAAAGAAUUAUGUACAAUUAUCAGAAGAAACAGAAGGAAAUGAGAUAAAUAUGAAAGAUAUUGUAAAUAAUACAGAAGAUAUAAGCAAAAAUAAUAAAGAUGAGCAUACAAAAUCAGAUAGAGGAGAGAAAUCAGAUACAUUAUCUUCAAAAGAAUCUGAAAGUAAAAAGAGUGUUAAGAAGUCUUUUCGGGAAAUUUUAGACUCAUUUAAUACACCUAAAGAGGAAGAUAUCCCAAGUACAACUAAUAGACAUUCAUAUAUUCAAAAACCUAGAAUGUGUUUAUCAAACAUAUAUAUUAAUAAUACGAGACAGACAGAGACACAUAAUACAGAAAAUUUGCAAAAAGAUAUUUCAUCUAAUGUCCCCGAACAAAAUAUUCUUCAGUUAGGAUCUCUUAAAAAUCGGAUUUUAGCUCUUAAAAAUAUAAAAUUUGAUAAUCAAGAAUCACUUGAAGCAAAUGCGUCUAAUAAUAAUUUAACAUUAGAACCUAUUCUUGAGGAAAAUACGAAAAAACAUAAUAUUGCACCUAAAAACAUAUCUAGUGAAAUAUCAUCAAAUUCAUCUCAUUCUUUUAAGCCAAAUAAAAAUGCUCCAUCUCAUGAACCAAGAGAUCCAAAGCAGGAGAAAAAUGAAAAAGAUAAUCUCAUAAAUGAUGAAAAGAAAACAUCAGAAACCAUAUCAAGUAAAAACAAUGAUUCUUCUAUAGAAGAAGAACUUGCUCGUCGUGCUGCUAUUCGUGAGCGUAUGGCAAAAAUGUCUUAUGCAGGUAUGAAUAUGCAUAUGGUUUUAGGAAUAUCCAAGCAAGAGUCUACAUAUACGGGACCUAAAUCUUCACCAAAAAGAACAUCUUUCAGUCAUAAUGAAGAUAAAUCUCAAAUAACAACACCUGUUUUUUCUGUUCCAAUCGUUCCAUCUUCACCUACAAAACAACCAAAUAGAAACUAUCAGCUAGAUAAUUUUUCUAAAUCUGAUAUUCAAAAUACGAAUAAAGAAAUUACUAUUCAAAAUAAUUCUUCGGAAUUUGUAAAACAUUCUCUUUCACAUCUUCAUUUGUCAACACCUCUAAAAUAUCAUGAUACUGUUAGCGUUUCUGAAAACGAUAUUUCUUUAAAAGAUGACAAUGAAGAUUUAGAAAAAUCUGCAAUAUAUUAUACCCCUGUUCCAAUUGUGGAACCAUUUUCAGUCUUUCUUUCUAAAAAUUCAAAAAAUAAUUCACCGAUUUUAAGCAAUAAAACUAUAUCACCAAUUCUUAUUGGGCAAUCUCCAGAAAAUUUCGAACCAUCAAAAUUGCCACAAAGACCGUUAAAAGAUCCACCAUCCAUACCUGAACACCCAUAUUCUACACAUUCAUCAGAACUAUUUAAUAACAUAGAUCUCUCUACACAAAAACAAUCUACACCUUGCAGACCGGCAAAGCCUCUUUUUAUUUCAAAAUCGUCUCUAACAUCCAAAUGUACCUCUCCUAUUCUAUCUCAACAUGAUAAUAGACUUUCUCAUACUUCUAAUAUAUCUUCAGAAUUAGGAUUCAUUUCAGAAGAAGCAUCAAAGAGCCAAUUAUCAUGCUCCGAUUUCAAAGAUAAGUUAGAAUAUACAUAUAUUCUUGAAGAGAAACAAUUUUGUAUUGAUGAAGACAAAUUAGAGGAAAACAAAAAUUCAAGGAAUGAUGUUUACAGAAAUGAUAUUUCGAGUAGCGUUGUUUAUGAAAAGAAUGCUAAUGAUGAUAUAAGCCCUAUUUCUUUAACCAGUUCAUAUGUUAUUCAAAAUAUUGCAGAUAAUAAUAAAGUCAAAAAAGAUAUUAACAAUAAUAUGUUUGCUCAAACUGACGAAAGACCCGCCUCUAAUUUACAAUACAGAUAUUCAAAAUACCCAGGUUCUCCGCUUCAACAAAAUUAUUCAGAAGAAUAUUUUUCUUUUUGCUCUCCUGCAUCUGAUAUAUCAGAAACCGAUAAAAAAUCUAAUAAAUAUCAAGUUUCAGCAGAAAAGCCAUAUAUUCAUAAUCAAUUAUCAAUAAAUCAAUUAAGAGGAGCUCAUUACUUAAUAGAUCAGCGUAAUAUCAACUAUGAUCCUUUUAAUCAAGUAGAAUAUAUUGCACACAACAUUGAUUUAGAAAAAGACACAUUAUGGUGGACACUUCCUAAUGCACUUCCUUCCAUAUUUCAAAAUAGAAAAGAUAUAUUACUAAAAUUUUUUGAGUCAUCACAUCUUUUAAAAGAUGGAAAUACUAUAAUUACAAAAGAAAUUCGCAUUCUUUUUCAUGAUUAUAGUGAAACACAUAUUUUAGUAACAUUUAACAAAAAAAAUCCUGAAAAUGCAAACUUAAAACAAAUUCAUCAGCCUUCUCCAAUAAAACCAAAUCAAAACCAACUAGAAAUUGCAUAUGAAAAGUUUGGCACUCAAAUUGCUAAUUUAGCGAGUUUACAUUUUGGAAUAACCGUCGGUGAUGGUAGUCCUUUUGCUUUCGUACAGGAUAUUAUUAGUAAUAUUCCAGAUGCAUUACCAUCUACUGGUGUAAGAGCAUACGGUGCACUGAUUUAUCGAAACAGAGCAAAUGCAUCUACAGAACAAAGAGAUGAAAUUAAAACAGGAGAUAUUGUUUCAUUCCGGAAUGCGAAAUUUCAAGGCCAUAAAGGAAGUUUAUAUACAAAAUACAAUAUAAGUGUUGGAAAUCCGGAUCACGCUGCUGUAAUCAUGGAAUGGGAUGGAACUAAACGAAAAAUUAAAGUAUGGGAACAGGGACGAAUCUCAAAAAAAGUUAUUCAAUCAAGUUUCAAAAUAGGUGAUCUUAAAAGUGGAGAAAUUUGCAUUUGGAGAGUUAUGUCAAAAUCAUGGGUUAGCUGGGAUUCUUAG